AAAAUGCAUGACUUAAUAUGAGUGUCUAGAGCAUGAAACUUAAUGAAACAUGAUGGAUGAUGAUGCAGAUGUUGCUGUUGUUGGCAUUGGAUGCCAUUUCCCUGGAGGUGAAGGACUUGAAAACUUCUGGCAGGUUCUUCUUCAUGGAAAGAACUGUGCCGUCCAAAUACCAAAUGAAAGAUUUGACAUCUCUCAAUGGUACGAUUCAGAUGACAGUAAAGCAGGAAAGACAUAUACAGCAAAAGCAGCACUCAUUGAUGGUUUAAAUGAGUUUGACCACAAGUUCUUUGGGAUCACUGAUGCUGAAUCGACGAACAUGGAUCCUCAGCACAAACUUUUGCUGCAGUGCACCUACAGAGCACUAGAGGAUGCUGGGAUACCAAUGGAAAAGGCCAGUGGAACAAGAACAGGAGUGUUUUUAGGUCUAAUGAACAGAGAUUUUGAGUUGGCCUCAAUAAGAAAAAGCUCAAAAAGCAUCAACCACACCUACAGUACUGGCACAGCGAUGAGCAUAGCUGCCAACCGCAUCUCUUACAUAUUUAACUUUACUGGUCCCUCACUCUCCAUUGACUGUGCCUGCUCCUCAUCACUGGUUGCCCUUCACUUUGCUUGCCAAUCCAUGAAACAAGGUGACUCUGAAAUGGCUGUGUGUGGGGGUGUGUCUUGUAUACUGGAGCCUAAAACUUUUGUGGCUCUCUCCAAGGCAAAGAUGAUCUCCCCUGAAGGCACCAGUAAACCUUUCAGUAGCAAAGCAGAUGGAUAUGGAAGAGGUGAAGGCUGUGGUGUUGUUCUGCUGAAGCCUUUAAAAAAAGCUCUCCAAGACCAUGAUCAUAUUUGGGGCAUCAUUAGCAAAACAGCAGUAAAUCAAGAUGGCCACACUGUUAGCCCAAUCACCAAACCAUCUAUGGUACAGCAGGAGGAGCUACUCAGACAAAUCUACUCAACAGACACUGAUCUGACUAGUGUACAGUACAUUGAGGCUCAUGGGACAGGGACUCCAGUUGGAGAUCCAAUAGAGGCAGGUAGUAUUUCAAAAGUCAUUGCCAAAGCAAGACCCAAUGCAUCUGGACCACUCCUCAUUGGUUCUGUUAAGAGCAACAUUGGACACACAGAAUCCACAGCAGGUGUUGCUGGACUCAUAAAGAUUCUUUUGAUGAUGAAGCAUGAAAUCUUUGUACCAUCAGUGUUUUACUCAGAAGAAAACUCCAGCAUAGACACUAAAUCUCUUAACCUUAAAAUCCCGACCACAACAGAGAAAUGGGUCAGUAGUCAUAAUGCAGUGAGAAUUGCUGGAGUCAAUAACUUUGGGUUUGGUGGAACAAAUGCACAUGCAAUUAUCAGACAGUAUGUUCAGUCAAAAAAAACAAGAGCUCAGAUCAGUAAAACACAUCAGUUCUUUGUGCUCUCUGCAGCCUCAGAAAAGUCCAUAAAAAAUGUAAUUGAAGACACCACAAAGCAGAUUAGUGCUGGGACAAUAUCGGAUUUACAAGCUUUACUGUACACAUCUGCUUGUAGAAGAAGUCACUUGAAACACAAAUACAGGAAAGUAUUUCAGGCAUCAUCUCUGACAGACCUGAAAGCGACACUUACUGCUGCUCUACAGAAAAAACUGGAACCAUCAAAGACAGACUCCAAGUUAGUUUUUGUGUUUUGUGGAAAUGGUGUAACUUACCCUGGUAUGUGCAGACACCUUCUGAACAAGGAGUUUAUUUUCAGGGAAGUCAUCAUGAAGAUUGAAUCUCUAAUGCAAAAUUAUACAAAUCUGAACCUGGUAGAGAAGUUGGAAAGUGAAUCUGAUGAUUUCUCUGACCCAAGUGUUGGCCAGCCUCUCCUGUUUGCUAUUCAAGUUGCUCUUGCCAGCCUUUUGAAGCACUGGGGCGUCAGUCCUGAUGUUGUUCUUGGACACUCCAUUGGAGAGGUCGCUGCAGCUCAUUGUUCUGGUUUGUUGUCACUUGAAGAUGCAGUAAAGAUCAUCCACUACCGCAGUUCUUUGCAAAGCACUGUGACAGGAGGGAAGAUGCUGGUUGUCAGUAAUAUGGCUGUGUCUGAAAUCUUGAAACUCCUUCCAUCUUAUUCAGGAAGUGUUUGUCUGGCUGCUUACAACAGUCCACAGUCAUGCACUCUCUCAGGAGAUGCAGAUGAUAUUGACAGAAUGCAUCAAAAUUUAAGCAACUCAGCAAGAGGAAAAGAUCUUUUCCUUCACAUUCUGGAUGUACCUGCCGCAUAUCAUAGUCACAAGAUGGAUCCCAUUGUAUCCAGAGUUAAAGAGAAUAUAGGCUUAUUACAAGAACACAGUCAGGUGGCUGAAUUGUUUUCAACAGUGACAGGUGAAAGUUUGUGCUCCUCAGAUUUUACUACUGGUGAAUACUGGGCGAGAAAUAUCAGAGAGCCAGUUGCAUUUGAACAAGCGUUGAGGUCAGCAGCUAAAAACAAGAGGAAUGUGAUCUUUGUUGAGAUUGGCCCAAGAAGAUCUUUGCAGAGGUACAUCACAGAGACUCUAGGAAAUGACAUCACUGUGCUUCCUUCAGUGCAGCCAGAAAAAGACCAUGAGACAGCCCUUGCUACUGUAUCCAAACUGUUUGAGCAUGGAGUGAACGUGGAAUGGGAAAUGUUCUAUAACGGUUUUGAGACUGAACCAAUUCCUUACCCACAAUAUCAGUUUGAUAAUGUGAAGAAAGAUGUGUUUUCCUCUGAAUUCCAGUUGGUUGGUCCUACCAGCAACCACCCAGUAAUUACACAACACAGUGCAGACAGUUUUGUGUUUAGCUGUGAUUUAUCAUCUGACUCAGUAGCUUUCCUCCAAGACCACAAGCAUAAUGGUGUUGCCAUCCUCCCAGGAGCAUUUUAUGCCGAGUUGGGUCUAGCAGCUUUUAUGGUAUAUGCAAAACCAAAGGUUCCACUAAGUUCUCUGCAGCUUAGCAUCACAUUCCAGAACCCAUUUGUAUUCACUCAGAAUGCUCCAGACAUGAAAGUAAAACUGGAUCCAUCAGACAAUUUAACAGAGAUCACAUGCAACUUCAACAUACAGUCUACAUCUGCAGUCUAUGCAUCUGGCACAGUAGAGGUAAAACCAAACAGAGUACCUGAAGAACAAUUCAUUUCUUUGGACACCGUCUUCAAAAGAUGCACAACGAUGAUGAGUACUGAAGAGCUGUACAAGUAUCUUAGUAAUGUUGGUUUUGAAUACGGCUCUGUCUUUAGAAAUGAGACAGCUGUUUAUUGUGGGAAAGAAUUUAUGGAGUGUUUAUCUGUUUUGAAGAUUCCGAAGGAGUUGUUGCCCCAGCUACAUGACUAUUACAUUCAUCCUGUCAUCUUGGAUUACAUGCUGCAGCUUUCUAUAGGAACUGUAUUACAAAGGCUCUCACCAAGACCCCUGUUUCCUGUACAAAUAGAUAGCUUGACUGUAUUUGAACCAGUGCAAGAGGAGAUGUUUGUGUACUUAAAAACAGUACACGUGGAAGAAGAUGGUUUUAGCAUUUGUGGCUGCUUAACCAACGAACAGGGUAAGGUUUUGGUUGAGCUCAGGCAUGUGCGAAUCAGAAUGCUAGGUAGUCACUAUCGGGUAGUUGAAGAAUACUUCUACCACAACAGCUUAAGCACCAUCUCUAAAGAUGCCACAUUGGAUACAUCAAUCAAGGCUCUGGUCUUUAGUGAUGAAUUAGGAAUUUCUGAAGGUUUGCAACAGUACUUGCACUCAGCAUCUAAAUAUGUAAGUUUCUCACAAAGCAAAACUCUUCUGGAAUGUGGACUUGAACCUGUUUUGUUAAACCUGAAAAUUUCAAGUUUAAAAAACACCUUCCAGGACAUUUUGUUUAUUUGGGGUGAUGCAGACCUAACCUCUUGCAAAUCAGAGAUUAUGUUGGAUAGCAUGGCAACAUGUUGUGAGAUUUUCAGAAGGAUCACUGCAUAUCUUAAAGCAGUUCAUUUCCCAGGUGUUAUCAGAGUAAUAACCCAUAGGUCCUCUGAGAGCCUAGUGGAUCACAUCAGUCCUGGGUUUGUAAUGUUGGGCAUGACAAGAGCAUGUGCAGCUGAGCUGUCAGAACUCUCCUUUCAGCUGAUUGACAUGGACUCUGUCUCCUUACAAGACAUCAAAGCAUUGGUUCAGGUUCUCAGUUCAUACCCUUGUACCAAAUUUCCAGAGCUGGUGGUACAUGAUGGUAAGAUUCUGAAACCUGAAAUCACCCGCACACAAUUGCCCAACAUGGAAAGUCCUAAACAAAGCAUUCAUAUGUCGAAUAAUGAAACCAGUUUCUUGCAAACAUCUGAUCCAUUUGAAAUGAGAAAUAUAUCAGCUACUCCAGUUGAUAAUUCCAUUGAACCAAUAUCUGAAAAAAACAUUGAAGUUCAGCUCAGUAAAAUUUGUGUGCAUUCAUCAGACUACUUUCCAGUCAGCAUCUCUGACUUCACUUAUGGCCACACAAUGUAUUGGAACGAGGACACAACUCAAAACCAUAAACUUUUAGCUCUUGAUUUCAGUGGGGUUGUCACAGCUGUGGGAAAAGAUGUCAGGAAACUAAAGGUUGGGGACGAUAUUGUGUGUUGUUAUCCUGUGGCUGCAAGCUCCAAAGUUGUUCUCCCAGCAGCUGUUUGCUACAAAGCAAAAAAACUUUUAUUCCUGAAGGACAACCCCUGUGUCUCCUUUAUGGUACUGGCCUGGAAGAUCUUGCAUGAGGUUUUACCCAAAGCCAAACAAAAAAAACUGGGAAUUUUCUCAUCUGUUCCUGACUCAUCUCUGAUAAAGGUGUUAACAGCUACUACACAGAGAUCAGGUUGGGAUGUCAAAGUAAGCACACAGGCAGAUCAGCUUGCACAUGAUUUCAACAAGGUUAAUGUAGCCGUCCUCCUUCCUCCAUAUAAUAAGGAGAUAAUUGAAACAAUUAACAAUGUCGCUGUCAUCAAAGAUGUUGUUCUUGUUUAUGACAACCAGCCAAAUCUACCAGUAGAUCCAAAAACUUUUGGAGGUUCAAAUAAAGUCCACAUUCAUUAUCUUUACAUGUCCCAAAUAAUGCAGCAAUGCUCUUUGGAGGUACAGAUGCCACACAUCUACCACUGGCUGAAAUCUGUGCAUUUGGACAGAAAGUCCUUGGCUUUGGACACAACAAUAUUUCAAAGAGUGAAAUCUCACGACAUUGAUCUUCUGUUUGUGAAAGAAUCUGAAUCAUACUUCACCCGCCAGAUUCUGCCCAUUAUAACACUGAAUAAUGAUGCUAAGAAGCAGCUGUCAGACAUUACAGUGAUGCCCAAACAAAGUCUUUUCCAGAAAGGAUCUGUCUAUAUUGUCACAGGUGGCCUUACAGGGCUGGGAUUAGAGACAGCGCAGUUCAUUGCUAAGAAAGGAGGGAACAUUGCAAUUUUUUCUAGGAGUAAACCAAACCCUCAGCUUCAGCAAGAAAUACAAAAUGUCAGUGAUCAUUACGGGUCUGUCAUUAAGUGUCUACAGUGUGAUGUUUCCCUAUCAGAGCAAGUUCAACAGGCAAUUGUUCAGAUUGGAAAACUUUUUCCAUCCAGUCCAAUCAAAGGAGUCUUUCACAGUGCAGUUGUCCUCCAUGAUGGGCUCAUUGAAAAUCUUGACAAAUCUCUUUAUGAGAAAGUUAUGAGACCAAAAGUGAACGGAGUGAUUAACCUUCACCAUGCUACUAAACACUGCGAUCUGGAUUACUUUGUGUGUUAUUCCUCCAUCUCUGCCUUUAUUGGUAAUGCAUCUCAGACAAACUAUGCAGCUGCUAAUACAUUCCUGGACUCUUUCUGCCAGUACCGCAGAAACAUUGGACUUCCAGGACAGUCAAUCAACUGGGGGGGUUUGAAUCUUGGCCUUCUGUUGAACAAAGAUCAUUUCAAAAAAUUUCUAGAGGCAAAGGGAAUCAUGCUUAUGGAAGUCCCAGAAAUUCUCGAAAGUCUUGAACAGAGCAUCAGGAUCAACAAACCUCAACAAGUUAUAUGCAAGUUCAACUUCACAAAUAACUGGAAUAAUGUCCUCAGUCAAAACAAGUCUUUGAAUGCACGCUUGUCCAGACUAGUAGAAGAAGAGGUGAGCAAGGCCAGAAUGACCUUAUCCAGAUCUGAGCGCACCAUCACAUCACCACGUGAAUAUAUAAUGUCAAUGAUCAGUGAAACGACUGGCGUUGAAUUAGAUGAGCUGAAUGAUGAUGCUCAUCUUGUCGAUUUAGGCAUUGAUUCAAUGCUAGCGAUGACUCUUCAAAAUCAUCUCUUCAUUGAUAAAGCUGUUAGUGUCCCUCUGGUCACUCUACUGGAUCCAAACAGCACACUGUCAACUCUCAUCAAAAUCCUGGAGGGAAACCCUGUAGAAGACUAUAAGAGCACAGAUGAAAGCAUAUCCACAUACCUUUAAUGAUUGUUGUAUUCCUCCAAAGCAGUCUCUCUUUAUUUUUAUUGCUAAAACAAUUCAUUUAGCUGCAUUUUUUUCUUAUUUUAUCUUGACAUACCAGGAAUUCCAUUGUUUCUGGAUAGGACCUACCUAUAAUCCUGCUACUUUUAUAGCAGGUCAUGUGAUUAAAAUAUCAUCCCAACCAAUGCUUUUAAACAUAUGGGGACCUAUUUUAACGAUCUAAGCACAUGGUCUAAAGCACGGCACACAGUCUAAAAGGGUUGUUCCUGUACUCGUAAUGAGUAAUGGGUGUGUUUUGGGCGUAAUGUGCAAUAAACCAACAAGAGUCUCAUCUCUCAUCCUUAUUAAAAGCCAGCUGCGCUUGCGCCAUGACGAUUCCCUAUUCAGAUUGCGGAAUUUGUAAACUGAAAAACUAAGUGGAGCAAGACCACCACCAGUUUAAAAUUAAUGUUAAAAAUUCUGUUGUUUUUAUUUGUAUUGAAAUUAUUUUUUAUAUUAAAACCUUUCAAAUUUGUUUUCUUUCAGUCAUGAAAGUAAAAAUAGCAGGCAUUUAAUUGCUGCAAAUGUAUGGAUAGCCUACAUGAUGAAUGUAAUCUCAAAGAAUAAUUUACAAAUAUGCAAGAAAAGGCUUGUAGUCUAAAAAUACUUUAUUUGUAACAAACAGGAGAUCAAGAAUUUACAAACAUGUGGAGAGCCUUCAGCACUCGGACAGCACCGUGAGUGUUUUGAGAAGCAUUACUUACAGUUUUUCUCAGUCGCUUUGGUACAUUUCUCGAAUCAUACUCACAAUUUGCAAAACAGUAAGUGCAUUUCUCAAAACAAUUCGUACAAAUAGCAAAACACCAUGGAUAACCUGCAAAAGCCACUCUCUUACUCAAAAUCCUUAGUUCAUCUCUCAAAAGUAAAUAUCUGUGUCAAUGAACAUGUCAGUGCCAUCAGAAGGCAUCUGCUGUGAUGUCGUCACAUGCUGCAUCCAUGGCAGCCAGAAGGGUCAUUUGUCUAUGUGGCUGACGAUCGUAUACUUUCCAUCUCCAUGCUGAGAAAAAUUUCUCAAUGGGGUUAAGGAAUGGAGAGUAGGGUGAGGGGAACUCCAUCAGCAUCCUGUCAUGGGCAGCAAACCAUUGCCUGAUGAUGUUGGAACGAUGGAAACUGACAUUGUCCCAAACAAUCACAUACUUUGGCAGGUCAUCUCCAAGCUGACCCCUCUCUUGUUCAGGGAUGAGAUCCCUGUAGAGUGUUUAAAAAGGUGACAAGACAAUCUGUAUUGUAUGACCCAAUAAUGGGAAUAUGCGUCAGCACAUCAUUCUCAGAUAUUGCAGAACCCAUGGUUAUGUUCCUGCCCGGUUGGCCUGGCACAUCAACUGUAGCUCUGUGGCCGAUGAUAUUUCGACCACACCUUCUACGUUUCGUUAAGUUGAUCCAUGUAGAUAAAGUUGUGCGGUGGCUCACUUGCUUUCAGUUCCAUUAUACACUAUAUCCAAAAGACACAAAAUGAGUUUUAUGAAUUACAUGCAUUUUCAUUUUGGACAAGAUACAGUUACAUCAAAUGUAUACAGUACAUAUUUGCUAUGGCUGUAUAAAAGAAGAUGCAAUGUGUAAAGUUCACACUUACUGUACUCUAUAUCAGUGGUUUUCAAUCUUGUUCUAGGGGACCCACAGCUCUGCAUAUUUUGUAUGUCUCCCUUAACUGACACACCCAGUUCUGUUCAUGGAUCUCUCCCUUAAUGAGCUGAUGAUCUGAAUCAGGUGUGUUAGAUAAGGGAGACAUGCACAAUGUGCAGGGCAGUGGGUCCCCUAGGACAAGAUUGAAAACCACUGCUCUAUAU